GAACUAUUUCCAAGCGAUAGAUGGUUUAUAAUCACUCAUUCCACUUUUAUGAGGAAUCAUGAAUCUUGAGCCAGUACAGCAAAUAAAUUACUGAUGAUUAUUUUUAUUGCACAACGUGUGAAUCGUGAUUACGGGCAGGAUAUUGCAUGCUCGAGCACUCUUUUGUGGAAACCAUCAUGGCAGUGGACACGGAUUUUUUCAAAGGGAAACGAGUGCUUGUUACAGGGGCAGGAAGAGGUAUUGGAAAAGGUAUUGCAAUUAGGCUGGCUGGCUUAGGAGCGGAAGUUUUCGCAAUAAGUGUCUCUUCGGAAAACCUGCAGACACUGAAACAAGAAUGUCCGAAUAUCCGACCCGUGCCCGUUGACCUGAACGGUUGGGCUGCAACGGAAAGGGCAGUGGAGUCCAUUCUGCCCAUCGAUAUGUUAGUCAACAAUGCGGGCGUGUUCAUACCGGAAUCUUUUAUCGACUCCACGGAAGAGACCUACGAACGCAUUUUGGGAGUGAAUCUCAAGGCUGUCUUUAACGUUUCCCGGAUUGUGGCUAAAUCCAUGGUAGAGCGAAAAUAUGCUGGAUCUAUUGUCAACCUAUCGAGCGUUGCCGGUCAGAUCGCUAUUCCGAAUCAUGCGGCUUAUUGCGCCUCCAAAGGCGCACUGGAUGCGCUGACUCGGAGCAUGGCUUUAGAAUUGGGACCGCACAAUAUUCGCGUUAACGGACUCAGUCCGACGGUGAUUCUGACUGAUAUGGGACGACAAGGGUGGUCAGAUCCUGAAAAAGCAGGUCCGCUGCUGGCUCGUAUUCCUGUGCACAAGUUUGGGGAAGUGGACGACUGUGUGGACGCUGUAUUGUUCCUGUUAUCGAAUCAGUCCAAAUUCAUUACCGGUAUCAGUCUUCCGCUGGACGGAGGGCUUUUGGCGACUUAAUUCUUAUUAUCUGAACUAUCAGUCAGCAUCGCUGGAUAAAACGAUGGCGGUAAAUCGAUCGUAAAAGCAACGAGUCGUAAGCAGAAGAAACAAAUUGCUGAUUGUUCCAGUUUUAUUUAAAAUGUUAAUCUCCGAUGACAUUCGUUCAUAUACUUAACACAAAGUGUGAUGGAAAAUAAAAAUACUAAUAUACGCUUCUAAAAAUCUUGUUAAUAAAAACAAAAAGUCACGCGAAAAAGCGUC